GGUCUCCAGUCAGACUUCGGGCGUCGGGGAGGAAGGAUGUGUUGCUCUGCCCUCCGUCUCUCCCGCCACGUGGCCUGUCGUUCCGCGGCACAACACGUCCCCGUCAGUGGUCAACAGUUGCUAACUUGUCCUCUAGCUUAUCAGUGUGUCUCUUGCUAGACUCAUAGAUUAUACUGAUACUACUGAGAGUUACAUUGAACAGUGUGAAGGAAAAAUGUGAUGUUUCAUAAAUGUGCGGCGAAGUAUGACUUACCUUUAAUCGAUCUGAAUUCUGAUGUGUUUAUUCCGGAAAGGAUCGCCACAAACAUUAUAUUGACAGAAAGGCCAAUCCGUCAAGGGCAGGUGAAGGACUCAUCAAAGUGCUGUUUGGGCCAUUAUCCCUCCCCGAGCAAAACUAAUAAAUCCUGUACCAGCUGCGUCCCAGCAGGUGGUGCUGCAAGAUUAACUUUACGUAGGUGAAAAGGGUGCGUUUCCACGUCACCGCCAACUACCAGCUGUGAGCCAAGGAUUGCAUUAAGGAGCCGCUGAGAGAAAGGAAAGAGAGGAGUGAGCGCAGUAACGAGGAAGAAAAAGAGGGAAAAGGCCGAGAAGAAAGACGAGGCGUCAUUAGGAGAAUGGCGGAAAGACUGAAAGUUCUGCUGCUGGUGGUGACGGUGAUGGUGGUGAAGGGCGUCGUCAGUGAGCUCCGUGAAGGACAGCUCCACGUGUGUCGGUACCAGCGGGAGGAGCAGGUGACGGUUCGUGUGCCCUCUGUGGGAGCAUACACGGCCACCGUCAGGGUGUACAGGCCAGGCUGCUACAAGGACACCAAGGCCUGCGUCAAGUAUGAGAAGAGGACGCUGUACCGAACGCUGUACCAAGAAAAGCAGGAAGAGCGAACUCAGACCCUGCUGGACUGUUGCCCCGGAUGGUCGAGAACGAACGAAGACGCCGUGGGAGAGAGAGAAAAUCGUCAACAGGAACGCGAGGGAAAUGGAGAGGACGAAGACUGCCGAUUUAGGAGCACGAAUACUCCCGAAAAUGGAAGUAUAGAGAUAACCCACGAAGGGAAGGUGUUUCGGCUUGUCGACUCCGCCCAGGAAAGGCACAACUCUUCUGAUCCCCGCCGUCAGCAGGAGGGCACGGCAGCAGAGGAUCAACCGCCGACUUCUUACCCGCACGAUCUUCGUAACAGCUCUGAGGAGUUUCACCGCGCUCUGCUGACAAAAAAGAAAGAACCGACGAAGAGUCUUGUGUCGCCUGCUUUAUCCGACCACUUCCCAGCAACGAAGGAAGAUAAAAGCGACUCCCCCUUGGAUAUUUCAAAACCCAGAAGAUUCAGACACCAGAGGAACUCAAAGGCACACACCAGACGCCACCGUAGGCGACACUACCACGACGGAACGAAAGGCUCCAUAGGCCGACGGAGCCAUCACCACCGUCGCCGCCAGAGGCUCCGCUCCCUCACCAGCCGGGACGCGGACGUGCAGGCCGAGACAAUCUACGAGAAUGGUAAUAACAACAAUCGUUACCACUACAGCAGCGGCAACGACAAUGAGACUAAGUACGACGCCUACAGCUACACCAUCAUCCUGACGGGCGAAAAUGGAGGCGAGCGAGGAACCGGCAGGGAGGGACAGCGACCAAGCAAGGACCUGACGCAGGUGCUCCACCCUCAAGGCACAGAGAAGGAAGGCGUCGUCAGCACAUCCUACGCUGCGUGUGGCCGCGUCUUCUGCUACAAUGGAGGGCGGUGUGUGUACAACCGAUGCAUCUGUCCCAGGGGCUUCUACGGAUCCCGCUGCCAGUAUGACCGCGACGAGUGUCAGGUGAACAAUGGCGGAUGCGAACACUCCUGCAAGAACACCGUGGGCUCCUUCAUGUGUUGCUGCAGCCCGGGGUACAGACUGAGGCGUGACGGCCGCACGUGUCAAGAUGUGAAUGAGUGUGAGUUUCACAACGGCGGAUGCUCUCACGAAUGUGCCAACACUGUGGGCUCCUACCGCUGUCUCUGUGGUCCCGGGAGCCGCCUGAUGCCCGACGGACGCACCUGUGUUGCUUCGCCCUCUUGUGCCACGAGACGCAGGCCUAACAUGGCGUGUCGUCUUGCAGGUGAGACUUCGUGUGGCGUGAGGAAUGGCGGCUGUGACCACUACUGCGACGACACCGCGGGCAGGCCAAAAUGUUCCUGCCGGCCCGGGUACAUACUUGGCCAAGACGGACGGCGAUGCGAGGCGGCGGAUCCCUGCGUGGUGGAUAACGGUGGCUGUCAACACAUCUGCCUACAAGAGCAGGGCCGUGCACGCUGCACAUGUCAAAGAGGAUUUACUUUGGCUAACGACCGUGUUUCUUGUGUUGACCUUGAUGAGUGUAAUAUACCAGGCACCUGCAGUCAGCAAUGUCGGAAUACCUGGGGCUCCUACGAGUGCAUCUGCAACUCUGGUUACCAGCUUGGCACUGACAACAAGUCCUGUUACAUGAUCGACAUGGAGGUCAUUAACUCUUGUCUUGAAAACAACGGUGGUUGCCAGCACAUGUGCCAGCACGGGCCAGACGGAGCCACUUGCACCUGUCACCCGGGAUACCAGCUACAACCUGAUGGGCGCUCCUGUCAGGAUGCGGACGAGUGUGAGGCUGGAAGCCACAGGUGCCAACAAGAGUGUGUGAAUAGCGAAGGAGGCUAUGCCUGCGCCUGCACACAAGGCUUCACGUUGAGCUCUGACACCUUCACUUGCCUGGAUGUUAAUGAAUGCUCAAUGGAGAACGGUGGAUGCGAGCACGAAUGCCAGAACACGCAAGGCUCCUUCACGUGUUCUUGCCGCAGAGGCUACGUUCUGGUCGACGAAGUCCACUGCGAUAUCGUGGGCGGCAACUACGACGUGGACUACUCUGGCUACAGCAUCCGAGGCGACCAGGACAUGGGUACGACAGCCAUAGAGGACUACUCGACGGUGCUGGACGGCGAGACGACCAGAAACCGUGACGCGUGGAAUGACGUAACUUACGCAGAGUACAGCAAGAUCAUUACCCUCCAGACGCGUUGCGUCCCUGGACAUUUUGGACCUAACUGUUCCCUCACGUGUAACGACUGUCCCGGGGAGUGCGACAGCUCGGGGUGUGUGUGUCCCCCGGGCAGGACUGGACCCAUCUGCGAACUUGAGUGUCCCUCGGGUUUCUACGGAUCCAGCUGUAACGAGGUGUGUCGCUGUGAGAACGGCGGCACAUGUGAUCCCGUGACUGGCAACUGUACGUGUCCACCAAGCGUGUCCGGAGAAUUUUGUGAAGACGGCUGCCCUGCAGGAUACUACGGAACAUCGUGUGACCGGCGCUGUCCCAUGAUGUGCCCCAACAUGCGCUGCAACAAAGUUUUCGGGUUCUGCGAGUGUGAUCCGGGGCGCUUUGGACCUAAGUGCAAUAUGCCGUGCCCUUCCCUCACCUGGGGGCCAAACUGCCGCCACCAGUGCCAGUGUGAGGCCCGCUCCACGUCUCGCUGCCAUCCAGAGAGUGGGGUGUGCGAGUGUAAAGCAGGAUAUGUUGGCAUUGACUGCUCCAAAGAGUGCCCAGAGGGAAAGUGGGGCGCCGGGUGUCUGCAUGAGUGCCAGUGUGCCAAUGGAGCCACGUGUCACCCCGCUACAGGCGUCUGUGGCCUAGACUGUCCCCCAGGAUUCAUGGGAACCGAAUGCAACACACCGUGUCCGGCUGGUCACUAUGGACCGGGGUGCAUGAAGGCGUGUAUGUGCGGCCUGCGACCCUGCGACCCAAGCACAGGCGUGUGUCUCUGUCCGGCGGGGAACAAGGGACCAAACUGCAAUCAAGCGUGUUCUGAGGGACAGUGGGGACAAAGCUGCUUGAGGAAGUGCGAAUGCCAAAACGGUGCUACGUGCAACUCUGUGACUGGAGAAUGCCACUGUCAGCCAGGAUAUGUGGGCCCUACGUGUGAGGCAACGUGCCCCGCCGGCAGGUAUGGUGUCAACUGUAGUGGAAUAUGUGGGUGCCUCAACGGUGCCUCCUGCGACCACAGGACUGGCCGGUGCCAGUGCCUACCGGGAUUCACGGGUCUUAGCUGCGGUCAGCCCUGUCCCCUGGGACGAUUCGGUCAGGACUGUGUACAAGUAUGUGACUGCAACGACGGCGGUGGGUGUGACAAGGUGACCGGGGAGUGCACAUGUGCGCCGGGGUGGCGAGGGUCUCAGUGCAAACUCAAAUGCGAGGAAGGUCGCUAUGGAGCAGGUUGUGCCAUGAACUGUAGCUGUGCCAAUGGAGGCGAAUGUGACCACAUUUCAGGCGCCUGCAUGUGUCGUCCAGGGUGGCGCGGGACAUUCUGCUCCAGGCCGUGCCCAGACGGGUUUUGGGGCAUAGAGUGUCGGUACCAGUGUGACUGUGAUGUUGGCGCGACCUGUGACCCCGCCACAGGAGUGUGCUCGUGUCCGCCUGGCAAACGCGGCCAUCACUGUUCCAACACUUGCCCGGAGGACCGAUGGGGUAGCGACUGCCAACACGUGUGUUUGUGUCAUAAUGGUGGAACGUGUGACCGCGUGUCAGGGGCGUGUGUGUGUACCCCGGGCUACACCGGUGCCACGUGUCAAGAGAGGUGUCCAACGGGAACCUUUGGAAGUGGAUGUCAACAUACCUGUUUGUGUCAGCACGGUGCCAACUGUCAGCACGACACCGGGGCGUGUGUGUGUCCCCCAGGGUACACCGGCACACACUGCCAGCGAGAAUGCGGGCCGGAUAGUUACGGUGCAGGGUGUGUCUUCAAGUGCGAGUGUCGGCACGGAGGUGAAUGUGAUCCUGAGAGUGGGGUGUGCAGGUGUGCCCCAGGAUGGUGGGGACCACAGUGCCAGAAAUCCUGUCCUAAAGGGAAGUGGGGUGCGGGAUGUGAACGCGUAUGCGACUGUGAGCAAGAAGCAAGUUGCCAUGCGAUCACAGGCCAGUGCCAGUGUCCUCCAGGCUUCAUUGGUGACAGGUGUCAGUUCAUCUGCGCUCUGGGUCAGUACGGGGAAAGCUGCAGCAAGGAGUGCCGCUGUGGGCCGUCUCAGCCGUGUGACCACGUGAGCGGGGAGUGUUCGUGUCCGCCAGGUCGCGAGGGACAGCAGUGCCACCAGUACUGUGCCGAGGGGCGGUGGGGCGAAGGAUGUCGCCAGCAGUGCAAAUGUGCAGGAUCAUCCCUGUGCGACCCGAUGAGUGGGGAGUGUUUCUGUCCCGCGGGACUCAAGGGCAGGAAGUGCCGCAGGGAAUGUCCGAGGGGCAGGUACGGCGUCGACUGUAAGCAGAAAUGUCAGUGUAAAAAUGGUGGGACGUGUGACCGCGUGACUGGCCAGUGUGAGUGUCGCGACAACUACUACGGCGCCACCUGCUCCUUCACUUGUCCCUCCGCCACUUACGGGCCAGGAUGUAAUCAGACGUGCGAAUGUGAGCAUGGCGGGGUAUGUGAUGCGACAGGGGCGUGCAACUGCCCGGCAGGGUACAGUGGCACACUUUGCGAGAUCUCCUGCCAGCCCGGUACUUGGGGCCACCGCUGCAGCUCUCAGUGUCGCUGUAAAAACGACGCUGUCUGCCAUCCAGCUACUGGAGAAUGCCAGUGUGGGCUGGGAUGGACAGGACCAUUCUGUGACCAGGCGUGCGAUCCAGGCAUGUAUGGACCUGACUGCCGCAUGGACUGUGCCUGUCACCACAAUGCUUCUUGCGACCGCUUCUCCGGCUGCUGCGAGUGUGGUCCCGGCAGAUACGGGCGUUAUUGCGAGUUAGAGUGUCCGGCAGGGUUCUAUGGGACGUAUUGCACUAGUGUGUGCGACUGCCGCAACGGUGCCACGUGUGAUCCUAAGACUGGCCAGUGCCGCUGUCCCCCGGGCUUUAUGGGUGACACUUGUGGAGAAAUGUGUCCACAAGGUAUGUUCGGCGCCCACUGCCGUCAGAAAUGCCACUGUGGUCUCUACCCGUGCCACCGGGAAACCGGAGUAUGCCAGUGUCCGCCGGGCAGGACGGGACCAAAUUGUGCCAUGCCAUGUGUGGAAGGCAAAUAUGGUCCUGGUUGUCAGCAAGUGUGUGAAUGUUACCAUGGCGGCAGCUGCCAUCCCGCCACUGGCCACUGUUCUUGUACCCCGGGUUGGCUGGGACCCACCUGCCGCGAGGAGGAUGUCUCCUACGUGACGACCAGCGACCAGCGUGGCCGAGCAGACAUCCCUGUGGAGCUGAGCUGAUUUGAUAGCGACCAGUCCAAGCGACGCCCAGCGAGGCCACGUGACCACGAACGAUGAUUCUUUUAUUUACUGAUCUCUAAGGAGACACUGACAGGUGUAGUGUCUCCAGGCCGUGUGUGUGUGUGUGUGUGUGUGUGUGUGUGUGUGUGUGUGUGUGUGUGUGUAAAAGGUUCAGGACAAUGAGUGACGGUGACGAGAAUAGUGACUACAUUGUACGUAGACUAGUGUCGUGUUCAUUUCUGGCAGUUUUUAUUUCCUGUGUUGAUAUUCGCUCGAUAUGACGCGCACAAAAUUCCGCUGCAAGUCUGAAUAGUGCACCGAGCGAGCCACACGUGAAAUGGUACACAACGCAAACCUUGACCAGUGCGGGGAGUCGCUUGGCCGCGGACAUGACUCAAGAGGCCAUUCUGGUGAUGCUCGGUGAUCUUAGUGAGUGUGAAGGUGCAAAAGGCGCUCCUCUCAUUAUGAUGUCUAUUGCAAAUAUUGAUAAAAUUGCAAAUAUUGAUAAAAAUGUGAAUGUGUUGUGGCGCCGCAUCGAAUGAUCGGUAGGUCACCAGUGUGCUCGGUAAUCCUAGUGGCGGAGAGAGACGCUACCUUGAAAAGGCACCGGAGAGAACUGAGGGAGGGGCAGGCGCCUUUGGAAACAAUGAAAUCCAAGUGGCAAGAAAACAGCUGCAAAAGAAAGGAACGAAAAAAGAUGAGAAGAAUUUUGUUGUGAAAGAGGCAAGUGAUCAUAACACAGCAAUAAAUUAACCAUCUGACCACUUGUUCUCUUCAAGGUCAUGACUUUCAUUAAACGCCUAAGGGCAAAAGCAAAUUGCAACAGAGACGCCUAGGAAGAAAAGUUCGCUUGCAUUUUUUGUUAGGCAAAUGAGACGAGAGAAAAUGGCAGCUAUGAGCCUGAUAUGAAGGAGAGACUACACUAAACUUUUUCCAGCUUGUCGGAAUGUAUUUAGGCGUGCAGUCAGUACAUAAAUUCCCUGCUAACUAGGUCGUAUAUUAGAGUGAAGAAAUCAAUUAGGUAAAAGCUACAUCAUAAAUAAAAUCAACAUCCGCCAUGGCAUAGAAAGAUAUUUUGACAUGCAACACCGACAUGUCCCCGAGUACUCCAGUCUCCUCUAUGACCUAUGUGACCAUCAAUAAAUAGGUGAAAUUUGUUUUUGAGCUUCAUAGCCCUACUAGGUGAAGGAACUCAGGAUGCAAGGCCCCAAUCAAGAGAGGAAACGUCCAUACAGAUCAACACACAAACGCAUUUCUCGUCAGGACGGUACUAACACACAAAAGCGAAUAAGUAACUAAUAAUUAUCCAUGAUGCAGCCGCUCGUUAACUCUAGCAGGAUAACAGCACACAUUCAUUAUUCUGCUAUGUAUUGUAUACUCAAAUACCUUGUUGUCUGAAUUGUACACCAUCAGCCAUUUAUUAACAAUAAAUCCACAUUUUUUUAUUUGAAAUGAAUAAAAGAAAUUAAAACAG